AUGGCAGUCUCCAUAUCUGCUCUCUCUUUCGAACACCACCGGCAAGCCUUUGGCAUAGCCGAGACAACACCUCGUGUGUCAUGGCGGUUUGAAGGAGAUGCUGUCGGCUGGGAACAGUCGGGUUACGAUUUGGAGAUCACGCGGGGAUCUGACGGCGUCCCGAAGCUAUACAACGUAGCUGAUUCGUCUGACUCAGUUGUCGUUCCGUGGCCUGAUGAGGCGCUUUCCAGCGCAGAAUCAGCCAAGGUGAGAGUACGGGCAUACGGUAAAGAAGGGCAGGUUUCGACUGAAUGGUCGGACUACUCAUCUGUCGAGACCGGCUUGCUGAACACGGAAGACUGGCAGGGUGCAGUACCCAUCGCGGCUGAUAGACCGACAGAGGUGGACACUGCAAAACAUUCAGUUCAAUUCAGGAAGGCUUUCGAUGUUGAUACUCAGGUCGCGUCAGCACGGCUCUACAUCACUGCCCUCGGACUCUAUGUUGCCGAACUCAAUGGUGAGAGGGUCGGGGACCAUCAGCUUGCGCCUGGGUACAUGUCCUAUCAAUUCAGGCACACUUACGACACUUACGAUGUGACGGCGCAGAUCCGACAAGGAAGUAACGCCAUCGGGGUCACCAUCGGAGAGGGUUGGUGGGCUGGACGAUUUGGUCUCAAUAGCCGACGAAACACCUGGGGAGAUACGCUCGGCGUCCAAGCCUUGCUUAUCGUUACCCUACAAGAUGGUAGCACAGUCAGUGUGAGGACUGACUCUGACUCAGGCUGGCGUGCCACCGCAGAAGGUCCGAUUGUCACUUCCGAUAUUUACGAUGGGGAAGUUUAUGACUUCUCCGCUGAAAUGCCGGGUUGGUCGACCGCAGGCUUCGACGACAGCAACUGGCUGCAAGUCAAAGAGCUGCCUGCCAUACAGGGCCGCCUCACGUCGCCUGAUGGUCCGCCGAUGAGGAAGCUUAUAGAGCUAGAACCACAGAGCAUCUCUACAACUGAGAGUGGGAAGACCGUCGUUGAUUUUGGACAGAACCUUGUCGGCUGGCUAAAUAUCACUGUAUCCGGGCCGGAAGGCACCAACAUCACUUUCCGACAUGCCGAGACGAAUGCCGACCCCGAAAAGGCUUCGCCAGAGUUUUCGCCCACAAACGAUCUCGAUGUCAAGAGUGGCAGUAUGCCUCGGCGGCCUGUGGCAGUUUGGGGAGAUGUCAUCGUCGGCAGUCCUUGGGCAUUGUUUCAGACAACAGGCGACACCGUGAUGCUUGGAGAACAAUAUGAGGGUGCACGCACAUGGAUCGAUCAGGGCAUCCCCCGGAAUGAUGUUGGUCUUUGGAAUAGGUCAACUUGGCAAUAUGGGGAUUGGCUUGAUCCCAAGGCGCCUGAAGCCGAAGCGGAUCGCGCAACCACGCACAGGUUCCUCGUUGCGGAUGCGUAUCUCAUACAGAUGACACGUCUUCUCUCAAACAUGGCCACGGCUCUUGGCAAGACAGCAGAUUCUGAGAAAUAUGCCUCUGAUCGGUUAGGGCUGGUGUCAGCCUUCCACGAUGCCUGGAUCAAGCCUUAUGAUCUGAUUGCCAACGUUACUCAAACGGCACUUGCUCUCGGCAUCCGUUUCGACAUUUUCGACUCUGACACCCUCCCUCGUGCUGCUGAAACCCUCAACAGCAUUAUUGCUGACAACUCCUAUCUUGUUGGGACUGGUGCCUUCCUGGCUAUAUCAGGUUGUCAAGGGCGGUACAACAACAUGGGAGCGCUGGGACAGUCUACUGCCGAACGGAACCAUCAACGGAAGCGGCAUGACAAGCUUCAAUCAUUACGCAUUCGGAAGCGUGGCAGAUUGGAUUCAUCAGAAGAUUGGAGGUCUUGCACCGGCUGUCCCUGGGUGGAAGGUGGUGCAAGUUGCGCCUGA